GGAAGGCACAAGAGGUUGACAGCUUCGGUUGAAGUACAGCGAGCAGCGACAGCAGCCAGGAGUCAUGAGCGACAGCGGCGAGCAGAACUACGGCGAGCGGGAAUCCCGUUCUGCUUCCAGAAGUGGAAGUGCUCACGGAUCGGGGAAAUCUGCAAGGCAUACCCCUGCAAGGUCUCGCUCCAAGGAAGAUUCCAGGCGUUCCAGAUCAAAGUCCAGGUCCGGAUCUGAAUCUAGGUCUAGAUCCAGAAGCAGCUCUCGAAGGCAUUAUACAAGGUCAUGGUCUCGGUUCCGUUCUCAUAGACGAUUCCGCAGCAGGUCUUACAGUCGAGAUUAUCGUAGACGGCAUAGCCACAGUCAUUCUCCCAUGUCUACUCGCAGGGGUCAUGUUGGGACUCGGGCAAAUCCUGACCCCAACUGUUGGCUUGGAGUAUUUGGUUUGAGCUUGUAUACCACAGAAAGAGAUCUAAGAGAAGUUUUCUCUAAGUAUGGUCCCAAUGCUGAUGUGUCUAUUGUAUAUGACCAGCAGUCUAGGUGUUCAAGAGGAUUUGCCUUUGUUUAUUUUGAAAAUGUAGAUGAUGCUAAGGAAGCUAAAGGAUGUGCCAAUGGAAUGGAGCUUGAUGGGCGUAGAAUCAGAGUUGAUUUUUCUAUAACAAAAAGACCACAUACUCCAACACCAGGAAUUUACAUGGGGAGACCUACAUAUGGCAGGUCACGCCGUCGGGAUGACUACGACAGAGGGUAUGAUCGAGGCUAUGAUGAUCGAGACUACUGUAGCAGGUCAUAUAGAGGUGGUGGUGGAGGAGGCGGAUGGAGAGCUGCUCAAGAUAGAGAUCAGAUUUAUAGAAGGCGCUCACCUUCCCCUUACUAUAGUCGUGGAGGAUACAGAUCACGUUCCAGAUCACGGUCCUACUCACCUAUUGAAGCAUGA